GGGUGAGGUGGCAGAAGGCGCUAGCACCGGCUGAGAGUAGAAAAGUGGGCCCUCGUUAAACGUUUACGGCAUCACCAUGAUUACCUCACCGUUCUGCAAGCUGUCCCGACAGACGACGACCCACGCGUGCGCCCUCGUAUGUUCCCUUCUGAAGACCCAAUUGAUAGCUUUGCGCGAUAUUCUCGGAUCGUGACCGUCUAUCUGCAGGCUCUGUGAUGGCGACGUAAUGAUGACCACUUUCUCAUCGAGUGCCAAUGCACUCAGUCCAUGGGCGUGCGCCUUGUUGCCACUAUUGGCUGUCUUCCUCUACGGUGUCUACAAUGUUUGGGUCCACCCCUUACGUAAAUACCCCGGACCGAUCCUGUGGUGUGCAUACCGGGCCCCGUAUGUAGUAUCAACACAUAGAGGGCAACUUCACAGGCGGCUAAAGGACUUUCAUACCACCUAUGGACCGGUGGUUCGAAUCGCCCCGGAUGAGCUUUCUUACGCUGACAGCAGAGCGUGGAAAGACAUCUAUACAAGUCGGCCAGGCCACCAGCUUUUCCAAAAGAACAAGACAUGGUUCAAGAAACAAUCUCCAGAUGAGCCCCAGUCGAUCAUGAGUUUUGAUGAAGCUGCCCAUUCGCGGUUCAGACGCGCAUUUGCACCAGCCUUUUCGGAUACAGCCUUGAGGGAGCAAGCGCCGAUAGUAGAAGGUUACGUCGACUCAUUGGUCUCAAAGUUACGAGACUCAAAGCUCCGUAGCGUAGAUUUGGAGCUGUUGCUUGAGUGUAUGGCCUUUGACAUUAGCAGCGACCUAUCCUUUGCUGAUUCUUUCGGCUCUCUCGAGGGUGGCAAGACGCAUCCUUGGGUCGAAAUUGCCAAAGGUUUCGGCAAAGGCCUUGCACUCAUCGCCUCAAUUAACCAGUAUCCGCCGGUAGAUCGUGUUCUACGGUUGAUAAUCCCCAAAAAGGUCAUUGAAAAGAUGAAAGACCACGCCAUGAUGAGCAGCGCCAUGGCACAAAAGCGCCUGAGCAUGAAGACUGACCGGCCAGACUUCGUGACGGCGACUAAGAAGUACGUUGACGCGAAAGGGGGGAUCGAAGGAAAAGAAUGGGACAUCAACCUCAUGAUUAUGGUCUUCUCUGGAAGCGAGACAUUGGCCUCUUCGCUCACUGCCAUCUUCCGCGAACUCGUCCAACAUCCAGGCGCUCUCCAACGUCUGACUACUGAGAUUCGCUCCACCUUUGUGUCGGAAGAAGAGAUCACCUUAGCUUCAACGACCCACCUCCCAUACCUGAACGCCGUCAUAGACGAAGGCCUCCGCCUCGACCCACCCGCACCGGUGACCCCACCCAAAGUCGUUCCUGCAGAGGGAGACAUAGUGUGCGAUCGCUUUGUUCCAGGCGGCACAUACGUUGCCUAUAACCAAUACUCGGGCAACAGGCAAGCCUACAAUUUCCAUCUGCCGAAUACCUUCCUACCUGAACGUUUUUUGCCAUCUCAUCGGAAUGAGAAGGACGACAUGGCCAGCUUCCAGCCGUUCCACAUGGGCAGACAUCAGUGCAUCGGGGUGAAACUAGCAUAUGCCGAGAUGAGGAUUGCCAUUUCGAGAAUUGUAUACUCAUUCGACCUGCGGCUGGCAGACGCAAAAGACACAUUCGAUUGGGGUGAUCAGUCGACAUACAUAUUCUGGGAGAAGCGGCCACUCAAGGUGGUCAUCACUCAUGCAGAGUAGUGACGGGUGUCCAAAAUGGGAACGAAACCUGCAUAAGGAAAUCAGCGCUCGUUUUACGGGUCAGUUUAUAGUUUGCUCGUAUCUGUUGCUCGAAUGUUAACUUAAUCUUGUAUCGCCACCUCAGUAUCAAUUCAAUACCCUUCCCAAUUUGCUCUUGCAUCGGCAACGUUCACAUUCGCCGAUCUUUGCCAGUGGAAGACGUCGACGAAGACCCACUUCCCGUCGCCGCUUCUAGCGGCCGCUCGCAACUCCGCGACCCACGAUAAUCACGAGCAAGUCAAGGAUCGAAUCCACUGCCAAUAGUGUCUCGUGAGCCACCAUGCAGCAACCAGUAGGCGAGCACCGCAGGAUUGCAUAGCCGAGAGGUCGUGCUC